UGUAAAGAUGGCAGCCAAGAGUUGUGAACGAGGGUACCAAGCUAAGCAGUUUGCUCCUAAAAAUGAGGGAGAUGUCUUCUCUGGUAGUCAGAAUACGAAGGGACCUCUAUUUGCUCAGUUCUUAUGUAGGAUGAAGAGGUUUUCAUUACAGAAGACGAAUAAGGGGUUAUCUAUAAUGACCCAUGGACUAGAAUCGACAAUAUGUAAUCUCACCAAUGACUUGAUCCAGUACUGAAAGGAACAAAAAGGUGUCUUGGAGGAACAAAGCUCUAAAGUGAGCCAAAGCAACGAAUUCUCACAUCGGUGAUUUUCCAAGAAUAGAGAGGCCAAUAACAGAUUAAGCAAAAGCAGUAAUCUUACUGGUGAUGACUUCAAGAGCGUUGACUCUAGACUCAGUAUGUCUCUAAAGAUGUCUAGCUACCAAAGAAAGGAGGUUCUUGAAGAGUUUCUUGACAUUAGAGAUAGCCUCAAGAUUAUAUUCAACAUCGUAAUUGAUGAAGUUUGGAAAUAUUGACACAAAAGCAUCAAUGCUCCUCAAAUUCCGAUCGAAACACCAACAGUUGUAGAAGAGAAGAAGGUUAAUUAAGAUAAAAAAAAUUACGAAGAAGAACAAGAUUAUUUUGAAUAAAAAUGCUUUCAAGCAAAAGUUACAUACUGACAGACCAAGAAACUGAACUUCAAAGCCUAAAUUCUUGAGCUCAAAGAAGCAAGAGAGACUAUCAAAGUUCAAAAGGACACAGUCAAGGAGUAAAGGAAAUUCUCGGAAUGCAGUUAACCAAAGUAUGAGAAAUUUUGAGACACAAUAUGUGACCAUUGAUCUCAAGGAUAUGGAUAAGAGUACUUUCCAGUCAACAAUAUUAAAAGAGCAAUCUAGUGUAAAUAAUGAGAAAUUUAAUUCCUCUCCAGCAAAUAUGGUAAACAAUAAGCUCAAGGAAUCCUCAGGAGUGAGCUUAUCAACUAAAGUUAGCCCCAGAAAAUUUUUGGAGUGCCAGAAUAACCCUGAUAAACCUGACUUGAGCAUCGAUGCUGACUUGAAUAGCGUGAAGGAUUCACCAGUAAGACAGUUUAUCUAUGACUCACUAAGAAGUAAGGAAGGAAUACAUCCAGAAAUAUUCAGUAAGAAAACUAACUGUCCAAAGAAGGCACCUCAAUCGAACUUCAAUAGAAACUUCAGUAAAGAGUCUGAUAUGUGAGCCCCGAUGAGUUGUAAUGAAUCAGCUGAAGAGAACAAAGAUGUACAGAGAAUUUCCUUUGAAGAGAAAAUUGAUUAUUGCGCUAAGUUGGCAAAUGAAGUAACUAACGAAAAUUUUGAUAUUAGACAACAGCUAUUUAAGGCUUUUGGCUACAACCAAGCCGAUGAGGAAUUUUAUAUCAGCAGAAGAAGAGGCGCAGUUGGUGAAGAUCUUACUGAAUACGGAAAUAAUAAUAGAAUUCUUCAUGUUAGACAAUCAUGGAAUCCAAAUCGAGAAAUCACCCCAACUUCUAGUAUACAGACAAGUGAAUUUUCUAAAUGGAAUAAACAAGAAGAUUCCGAAAUUUCAAGUGAGAAAAACAUGCUAGAUUCUUUUAAAUAAAAAUAAUGAUAAGAAAGAGUCUAAAUCUUCCAACCAAGAGGGGAUAGAGAAACCUAAAUAAGAUGAGUAAUAGCCCAAAGGUGAUGCAGAAAGUGUUCAACACUCUCAGUGAAAACCCGGGGCUUACAGAGAUUGAUGGUUCUCAAUCCAAUUUAAAGAAGAAUGCUCUCAAGAAGGAGAGUUUUGACAUAAUCUCUAAAGCUAGAGAAGCCUGAGAUAAAUACUUGAAGCUCAUGGAGGGAGAAAACUCACCUUUAAAGAAUGUUGAGAAGCUGUUAAACCCAAAUGAUGAAGAAGAAGUAGAGAAGUUCUGUAAAACCGUGUCAAAGAACAACUUAGCUCCAUAUCUAGAGCCAGUAGAGCAUUUAGAGAAUUCCAGGAGAUCAAGAUAUCAAGAAUACUUAGUCUCUGAAGAUGAUUGAAUGUCUUCAGAGAAGAGGUCUUUCCUCAACUCAGACAACUUCAUGAGCAUAUUCGAAGAUCAGCAGGUAAGGCAAGGCGGAAAAGAUCUCUAA